AUGGACACACCAUUAGACGAAUUGCAAUGGAAAUCGCCAGAAUGGAUUCAAGCAUUCGGUCUUCAUACCGACAAUGUGAUGGACUAUUUCUCAGAAUCACCUUUCUUCAACAAAGUUUCCAAUAAUCAAGUGAUAAGAAUGCAGAAACAGUUUUCACAAGUACCAUCUCAACAACCACAACAACAAGUGAAUAAGCAGUGUGGAUCUGACAAUGACAACAAUACAGGUGAGCUAGAAAGUGGUGAUGCUAAGGAUGGUGCUGGGGGUCAGUCCCAAAUGCAGUCACAGUUGGACAUUUUUAAAUCAUCGCUUGAUGACCGUUCGACAGAUCAAGAAUUCGAACACGUUGGGCCUAGCCGUAGAGAGAUUCUUCUAAAGUACCCUUCCCAAGCAAUGAUGGAAAGAGAACUUUCCAAAAUGACCGGCCUAGAGUACGUAUUAGCAUACGUAAGAGAACCAGAUCUAUGGAUCAUCAAGAAACAAAACCGUAUCAGUGCCGAGACGACACAGACACUACAAGCAUACUACAUCAUUGGUGCAAACGUCUACCAGUCACCUAGUGCAUUCAACAUCAUUCAGAGCAGACUCCUGUCCGCAAGUUAUCACAUAUCAUCCAUGCUAGAGAAUCUCCAUAAAGUGACGAUGUUUGAGCCUUCCCAAGGUGUUCAAAUCAGACCCACAUAUGAAAAUGCAACCGGCAACACGAAUACAAAUUCAAAUACUAACCCUAAUGGCAUUCUCAGGACCAACGCACCCGCCACCUCAGCCAUCGCAGGCAAUACUGCACCUCCAACUAACAGCAUCAACAGCGUUGCCAGUACAAACAUCAACACAUCUUCAAAGACAAUGGCCAUCAACACUGCCAACACUGCCAACACCGCAAUGGGCACUACUCGCUAUGACCCGAACCAACGGGAACUCCUACCAAAAGAGAUGAUGGACACUUUGCUGGCCAUCAGCAUUAAGUCCACCCCAGAGUAUAUAUAA